AGCAACUUCAACAAUCACUACCCCGUCCAACCUGAGUCGGCCUCACCACAACACAGGCAAACAUUGCCGUGUUCACAAAGCCAGGCCCGAGUCCGGACGAUAUACAAGCGCCACGCUUCUCAACUGGGACGAUCUGAAGGAACAGGUGUGUAGGGAAAACUAAGGAAAGUUUGUGAGCCAGGUGUAGUCUUCGCUCGCGUGUGGGAAUCGAACCCAGGACGCCCAGACCGUGCCGUGAUCGAGUAUUGAUAGACUCGAGUAGUAGGGCUUCUCCCACCUCGUCACUGUAGGAACAAGAUAACUUCCGGUAGAGUUCUACCUUCUAACACAGCAUGCCAGUGUUCACGCCGACCGGUAACCAGCCGCUCCUGGUCCGGGGGACGAUCGGAGGACCGUUCGACGCUCCCGUCAAACACCUGAAGUCCACGACGCACGACAGGCACCAGUACAAGCGGCCCACCCCGAGCCCCGCGCACAGCUGGCCCGCCUCGCGCCCCGCAACCUCCCCCGGAUCACGGUUCGGAGAACUCAGCAGAAGCUCGUUCUUCUCCAGGCACAACCCGCAUCCCGUCAGGGUCAGGCACAUUAAGGGUCUGAACGACAUCCCGAUCUGUGCCGUGCACGACACCGGGUUCGUGUCUAGCCCCCGCUGGAACCUCAGCACGCCCGGCACCGCGCAGAGAGAGCGCAUCUUCAAACAUCACAUGCCGGUCAACGCCAUCGGCAUCAACAGCACCAAGUUCCCCAUCAACACCGUCACCGGCCUGCAGAACUUCCCGUUCAAGGAGAAGGCCAUCCCCAGGAUUGGGCUGGUUCCUGUAGCAUCCCUGAAUAACUCCUGGAGAGAUGAACUGAAGGACAUCGUGGAGAAAGCCGGCCUGGCCCCGCCCACGGAGCAGGAACUCAAGGACCGCGACCUCCUGCCCAAACGGCAGACCAAGUACUCGGAGGAGACCGGACGCCUCAUCCCGCCGCCGUCUCGCGCCAUGUCUCGCCAGGCGUCACGACAGGGUUCCCGCCAGGGCGGCCGCUACAACCACUUCAUGCACAUCUCUCCUGAUCCUAAUGCUGAGGUCUUGGUUCUGGAGAUGUUGUGUCAGAUUCUCCAGACUGACUCUAUCCAGGCUGUGCAGCAGUGGCUGGUCAAUGCCACAGGGAGAGAAAAGGACCUUGUUCUGGACAUGAUUAAGUCAGCAAUACUGAGUGAGGAGGAGUACUACAAACAUCACGUCAACCCUGAGUUUUACCCUGAGGAAAAACGUCCGUACACCUCAGACAGGGACGCUAACUACACCAGGUACUCCUGGUCAGCAGGAGGAGACAUGAGCAAAUUUGCCACUGAUGUCAGGAGAUCAGCUGGAGGGCCCAUCGCUGAGGAAGAUCCAGUUGAAGCCGGUCGCCAGUCCCACCCCCCAGAAGUGCUGAGGAUAGACUCCCCCCACGAGGGGCAGACCGCACCCCCCGUCAAGAUCCCCCCUGCUCACCUCACUCCCUCGCCCCCCAAAACCUCCCCCAGCCGCCAGGCGCAGUCAGCCACCACCAAGAUGGAGGCUCCCGAGCAGCCCAAACUACGGUACACGAAAACACCCACCUCACGAGGGGGAGCAGAGCCCCCUGCUGACAACAUGCAGUAGUGCAGGGAGAGAUGUGUGGAAAAGUCGGGAGUUGUUGAAUAGGAGGUAUUAAAUACUGAACAAGGGAACUACCCCUAUCCCCUCUGUACUGCAAAUUUGUAAUACCUGGAUCAUUCUCAACUUAGCCUGGAUGCCAGACUGUUUCCAGAGACUACACAGACUCUUUCCAAAAGGAUAAAGAUGAAGGGACAAGUAAUGUGUUUUAUGGGUCUGACAUCCAGGCUAAUCUUAACUCUACUUGGAAAUCCUGCUACAGCAGUAUUUACAUCUUAUAGUGGGUCUAAAUAUAAGGGGUUAGAUUGUUCCCAUGUACAUAACUGUUAGAAUUUGCUGCUAUGAUACUAAACUAUACUAAUAUCUAAUAUACGGCUGUAUAAGAGAGGUACAAAUGUAUUCUUAUUUUGAUAUAAGUUGGUGGAAAGCCUAUGAUUAUUCUAUACUCAUUAAUCUUACUACUCCUUAAAAAGGGAUGUGAUUAGUUUCUUUUCAUUAUGAUUAUUAUCUAGAGUUUGUUUGUACAAUGAUUUGUUUUUUGGUGUAUGGGUUGGAAGUUUUACGUUUAUUCUGCUAAUGCUGCUGAAGUUAUUAAAGUGUUACUGUAUUAUAGAUUAUCUUUUAGGGUAAAGUGUUACACAUGAAUUUUAGAGUUGAAUACGUGGUUAUACAAAUCUUAAGGAUUUAUAAGAACAGAGUUCAGAAUAGCUUUGAAAGUGGUGAUGGUCUAAAAAUCUGGAGAAAUCCUGUAUAAAGUAUGUACAGGUAAUUCACAGUGUUUUGUACAUAUGCUACCUAUUCUGUAAUUCCAGUUAGUUUGAAAUGUUUCUCUGAAAGUUUUUGAUACUCCUGAUAAGAAAAUCUUUUCUCUACAACAAAGUAUGUCAUUUUAUGAUGUCAUAAUUCAUAUCAAGAAAUGAAAAAUGUGGAAGUGCGUGGAGUUAGAUUUAGGAGAAUUCAAUAUCAAUUUCCAAAAAUCGUUGUGAUAUCUUUAAAAAAAAGAGCCAGAGAAAGUUAGCUGAAAGUUAAUUGAACAAGUCUUAAAUAAGUGCUGCAUGGAUUUUAAAGAGCCCAUUUUCCUCAUGUAAAUGUGCAGUAGGUCCAUCUUACAUUCAGAUUCUUACCAUACCAUUAUGGUCUGUGGGGACCUCAUACAACCUAUAUGAUCACUAUGUCAUAUAGAUGCAUGUAUUUCUCUAUAAGUAAAGAAUUACACUUGAUAAUAAACAUCUAACCUGUAUAUUUAGUAACCUAUUGUUUUGCUGGUUGAGGGACAUUGUUUUGUUACCAUCACCUUUUAAUGUUAAAAAGGAUCAAUGUGUAUCAUACUUACAUGGGAUGUAUAAAUUUCAUAUACAUAAGGUUUUAUUUGACUUGAAUAUAUCCUAGUAGUCUGCAUAUUAUGUAGCCUUGGGUAAUACAUGUAUUUUCACUUGUUUUCCAGUGAGUUUCAUUUGGCACAUCUGUUGUGAUACAGACUGACUGAACUCAAUAAAAACUCAAGCAAUAA